GGAGGCGGUGACCCAGCUUCUCCGCGUCGGUGGUUUAGGCUUGUGCUUGGGCGCAAAGCCCGACUCCUGACCUAACUGGAGCUUCGGUUGAGUUGGGUCUCUGGCUACCGACUUGCUCGUCCUGGCCGCGGCUCCUGAGAAGGGUGGCGGAGCCGAUUCCAGGAGGCAAAACCAUCCUUUCCCUGGUCGCCCUUCAGGAUCCUGCUUCUCAGAAGAUGCACUAUUAUCGAUACUCCAACGCGGAGGUCAGCUGCUGGUACAAGUACCUGCUCUUCAGUUACAACAUCGUCUUCUGGUUGGCUGGAGUUGCCUUCCUUGGAGCUGGACUGUGGGCAUGGAGUGAAAAGGGGGUGCUGUCAGACCUCACCAAAGUGACCCGGCUGCAUGGAAUCGACCCUGUGGUGCUGGUGCUGAUGGUGGGCGUGGUGAUGUUCACACUGGGGUUUGCUGGCUGUGUGGGGGCCCUGCGGGAGAACAUCUGCCUGCUCAAGUUUUUUUGUGGCACCAUCGUGCUCAUCUUCUUCCUGGAGCUGGCCGUGGCCGUGCUGGCCUUCUUAUUCCAAGACUGGGUGAGGGACCGGUUCCGGGAGUUCUUCGAGAGCAACAUCAGAUCCUACCGGGACGACAUCGACCUGCAGAACCUCAUCGACUCCCUUCAGAAAGCCAACCAGUGCUGCGGGGCGUACGGCCCUGAAGACUGGGAUCUCAACGUCUACUUCAACUGCAGUGGUGCCAGCUACAGCCGUGAGAAGUGUGGCGUGCCCUUCUCCUGCUGCGUGCCGGACCCCGCGCAAAAAGUUGUGAACACACAGUGUGGAUAUGAUGUCAGGACUGAGCCGAAGAGCAAGUGGGACGAGUACAUCUUCACGAAAGGCUGCAUCCAGGCGCUGGAGGGCUGGCUCCCGCGGAACAUUUACAUCGUGGCCGGCAUCUUCAUCGCCAUCUCACUGCUGCAGAUAUUUGGCAUCUUCCUGGCAAAGACCCUGAUCUCAGACAUUGAGGCAGUGAAGGCCGGCCAUCACUUCUGAGGAACGGAGGGGAGCGAGCGGAGCUGAGCCACGCUGCGGAGGCCAGACCCUUCGCUGCUGUCACCUGUACACCCAGAGGGAGGGAGGCGGACCCCCACCAGAGCCAGCCCGUCUUCAGCAUCAGCGUGACCUGACCUCGGAUCCUGCUUGCUGGUGCUGAAGACCAACAGGCCUCUUGUUAACUGAAGGGACUUGUGACCAGGAUACCUGCUGGGGUGUCUCUAGGUGGGGGUGGCAGCUGAGGGACUACCAGCCCCUGUGGUUGCGAGGAAAGUUUGGCUCCGCCCUCCUGGAGCCCAGUGCGCCUGCAGAUGCCCUGGCUGCCUCUUCACUACUGGCGGCUGCUGGCCCAGAGGCAGCCAUGUCUUCUGUGAGUGGGACAUGAGUAGGGGAGCAGCAGGCGUAACAAGGCUUCUCCCAGCAGCAUAGGGGUGCCGCCUGUAAUUGGGGAGGGGAGGGGACCAAGCGGACGUCGGAGCCCUGCAGUGUCUGCCCGAGUCAGGGCAUUUCGGGAUGCUCGGCCAUGUCCGGGUGAAGUGAGCCGGGCCUGGGUCCGCAGAGUGCCUGAUCUGCUGCCUCCCAGCCCAGAGUGGCCUCCAGUCUCAACAGCACUGCGUCCUGAAGGCACAGGGCCAUGGGCAUGGCUCUCUGAGAGUGGACUCUCCUUUUCAAGUAGUGUGUAAAUAAUUUAUUUAUAGGGGCAAGAAUGUUCUCACAGCAUCUCCUCAUCUCCCCUGGCUCACCUCUGAGCAGCCUUGCACGUCUGGGACUGAGCCGUUCCCUAGCUCCCUCCAGUGUCUCCAGAACCAGCCCAUCAGCUUCUCUUUUCCAUCCCCGACAACCCAGGUGCGAAUACACGCGGCCCCUUCCUCGGUGCGCCCUAGUGCGCACACCCACUGCCCUCCCCAGCUUGGCCUCACUGUCUUCUGCUCUUGGUGCUACUGAAACUGUCACCCGGAACUUGAAUAUUGACUCCCCCCACGGCGAGGCCAGGGAGCCCCAGUCAGUCAGCCAGCCUGAAACCUUCAGCCAGAGCUCCUCUCGAGGCCACAUGCUAAGGGCCGGCUGGCCAGCCCAGCACUGCCUGUCCCUAGAGAGAAGCUCUGCGGCCAGUCCUGUGUGUCCGCCGCAGACCCUGGCCUGCAGCUGUUGAGAAACUCGGGACAUUUUGUUGCUAACUUUUGAGGUGACUCCCCCAUCCCCGACCGGGAUAUCUGUGGUCACCCCGUCCACCCCUUCUGUCAGGGCUAUUCUGGGCUUGCUCUUGGAAGUGAAGUCUCUGUGUGUGAGUCCCCGGGCCAGCUGGGCAUCCCCGCAGCUUGGCCUGGCUCCUUCCUAAUGCGGCUCUCGGCGGCAUACCAGCUCUGUCCUCGUUGUUCGGGGUUGAGUGCUGCCUUCACUGACUGGCUGGCGUGUACAUGCUGCUGUGCUGUAUGCUGGUGGGUGUUUGUUGAUGGUAUUGUUAAAUAUUUUUCCUUUUUUUACAAUUUUUUCUCUAGACUAGGCGAAGAAGAAUGCUUGUGUUUUUAGGAAGCGUGAUGCUUUUCUCUGACUGCCAAACUCUUUUAUGGAAUAUAUCUUUAUAAUAAUGCUGUUGUUUUGGUGGUUCUUGUUUUGGGUCACAUCAAGACGGCAUUAAGCAUCUCAGUGGUAACCUCAGCUGCCAAGGGAACCCACACCCAGCGGGACAGAGUGUGGCAGACACCCAGGAGGGCAGGUGGUCAAGGCCAUCACUGUUGGCACAGUCUGCAGUGAGUUGUGUUCUGGUUGUCUAGGCUCUGUGACCGCUCGCAGCUACUGUAGUAUGGAGGCUGUCUCUGGCGCAGGCCAGCCUGUGACUUAGCUCUGCCCGGCUGCAAGCAUAGGGUGUCAGAGCUUGGGCCUCGGAGGCCUGAGGAGAUGCUAGUUUAGGUUAUCUCUGUCCAGCCCCAGGCAGUAGGGUCCAGGUCAAAUAGCUUGGGGCACUGAGUUGGACCUAGUCCUGCUGCACAAGCUGUGUUCUCGGACCUGUUGGCCUCUGGGGGGGUUAGUGCUGUGCCCACCUCACCAGGUCCCUGCCCAGCCUGCCGCAGGGAAGUUGAUGGCCCCAGAUCCCCUGCCGGUGUGGGUACCAGCAGCUCCUGUUCGGCUCCUGCUGUCAUGUUUAUCCAAGUAGACCUGGAGGAUGACCCCCUUUUCUCUUCACAGGCCACAGCCCAAUUCACAGGGAAGUCUAGAGCUGGGUUUGUUUUCCAGUUAGUUUAUACAACUUUGGGGCCGUUUUUAGCCAUCUCAUCUGACUCUCGAGUAGUUGGGUGAGACUAGAAAAGA